AUGCCGUCGAUUCAUCAUCCACCGGUUAAAAAAGGCGAUACGCACCACCUCGUCUCUCUUACAUCCAGCACUUACGGUUCUCUUCUCUCCGUCCAUAUCGACGGAGCUUACUCCGACAAACAAACAUUGCCUCAUAUGAAGUCACCUGAACCAGAGGAGCCACGUGACGACUCGUUGUCUCCUGACUCAGUGAUCAACACAUGGGAGCUCAUGAACGGUCUCGACGACGAACUCGAUUCGACGAAUUCCGGUACCGGUAAGUGUAAUUCCGUCGUCAAUUUGGAAUCUUUCGCUAAACCCACCGUACAUCGAGACGUGUGUGUUAAUGGGUCUGCGUCGAAGUUGGACGAAUCUUACGAAAUCGUGAGGAUCGAAGAAGAAGAUUGGAUUCCAUUGUCUCGUAAACACAAGCAACCUCUUUGGAAACAUAUGUCUGAAGAAUCGUUUCUCUCUGAUUUAGAUCCUAACAUCAUCUCAUCUUACAAGAAAGCAUUGUCUUCUAAACAACUAAGCAAAAACAGUAGCAGCAAGUCAAAUCAGUCGACUUUGAUCAGUUUACCAUCGAGUCAGACUUUGGAAGAACAAGAGGAGAAACCAAGAUUGGUUGAAACAGAAGACGAAAACAAGAACAAGAUUGUAUUUUACUUCACUAGCUUGAGAGGGAUUCGAAAGACUUAUGAGGAUUGUUGUUGCGUAAGAACGAUAUUGAGAGGGUUUCAGGUUGCGGUAGAGGAACGGGAUAUCUCGAUGGACUCUAAAUACCGAAAAGAGCUUCAGAAUGCAAUCGGCGAAGAGAAACCGGUUUGUUUGCCUCAGGUGUUUAUAAAAGGUAUCCACAUUGGUGGAAUUGAAGAGAUCAAGAUACUUAACGAUGGAGGCGAAUUGGGAGAGAUGUUAAAAGGGUUUCCUGUUUGCGAAUCCUCGGGAGCUUGCGAAUGCUGCGGGGAUGCGAGGUUUGUACCGUGUACUAAUUGUGGCGGUAGUACUAAAGUGUUUGAAGAACAAGAAGAUGUGUUUAAAAGAUGCAAUGGAUGCAAUGAGAAUGGAUUGGUACGUUGUAACAAGUGUUGUCUCUAG